CGCACACACACAUGCACUGUCUAGCUGGCUGGUUGUCAAAAAACUACAGAGUGGUUGUUGUGUUUGGUUGUCUAAAAACAUUCUUUAUUUUUUGCGAAGAAGAGGAAUUCAACAAAUAAUGGCAGCUGGAACAUUUUCUCGGCUAACCUCUGCUGUGUUACAGUCUGGUUGCAAAGCGAGUGGUGUUCUUGGACUGGGGAAGAAACGAGUUUGUGUUGCGGCAAUGCAUGGAAAUAUUGCUGGACAAUCAGACCCUAAGCAGACCUCCUUUGUCGGCAAACACUUCUUGACCCUCCGAGAUUUCAACAAACAUGACAUCGAGCAGCUACUGUGGACGGCAGCGGACCUGAAGGAGAGGAUCAAGAUGGGUGGGGAGAUUUACCAGCCUCUUGUGGGUAAAGCAGCCGCCUUGAUCUUUGAGAAGAGAAGUACAAGGACGAGGAUGUCAUCAGAGACGGGUUUUGCAGCCCUGGGAGGCCAUCCAUCUUUUCUUACUCAGAAUGAUAUACACCUUGGAGUCAAUGAGUCACUGAGAGACACAGCCAGAGUCCUGUCAGGCUUUGUAGAUCUGAUAUUCGCCAGGGUCUAUCGUCAUGAGGACCUGAUUACAUUAACAGAGGAGGGCUCUGUGCCAAUAGUUAACGGCUUGUCAGAAAUCUAUCAUCCAUUGCAGUCAUUAGCUGAUAUGUUAACAUUACAGGAGCAUUAUGGGUCACUGAGUGGGCUGACGUUAGCCUGGGUUGGUGAUGGAAACAAUAUCAUCCAUUCUAUCAUGAUGGCAGCACCACGCCUAGGAAUCAACCUCAAGUUGGCCACGCCUAAGGGCUAUGAAAUCUUUCCUGAGGUGAUGGCAGAUACAGUCAAGUUCGCCAAGGAGGCAAACACUGAGGUUUUUGUCACCAAUGACCCAAUGGAAGCCUGUCACAACGCAGACAUCGUUGUUACUGACACUUGGAUUAGCAUGGGCCAGGAAGAAGAGAAGGUUGAGCGCUUGAAGGCUUUCAAAGGUUAUCAAGUCACAAAGAAGAUGACGGAUGUGAUGGUGAAGGAUUGGACCUUUCUCCAUUGCCUGCCAAGAAAACCGGAAGAGGUUGACGAUGAGGUGUUUUAUAGUAAAAACUCCCUUGUGUGGCCAGAGGCGGAAAACAGGAAGUGGACUGUCAUGGCUGUUCUACUUUCCCUGCUGAAGGAUCACACUCCCUCGACUCCUAAACCAUCUUUCUAAGGACAAGACAGGGUAUGUCUCUAAUUGGUCAGUAUCCCUGGGCUGUGUCCAACACGGCUGAAAAUUGCAAUUCUUCAGCAAUUUUAUUCUUUCAAAUAAUAAAUGUAUAUUUUUGCGCUGGAAUGUCUCAUUGGAUCAGAGAUCAUUAUCUGUAAUUGCAGUUGAAUAUUACUUUAUUUGUCUCAACUAGUAAAACUAUAAACCUCUUUUGCAAUUUUCAGCCUACCUGUCUGAAAAAAAAACUAUACUGAAAUUAGCGUUAAAGUUGGAUUGAACAAAGACAAAUUUAAUACUAACUUUGAACUUGCCAUCUCCAGAUUAACGUGCUAGCCACUCUAACCAACUGAGCUAUUUAACAAAUAAUUAAUAAUGUUUGUAAUACAGGGUACUGCUAUGGUGAAUGGACUAGUAUAAUAGUUAGCGUAAAAGUUGAGAUCAUUCAAUCAUGCCAAAAUUGAAGUCAGCUCAACAUUUAUAUAACUAGAUAUAUAUUUGUGACAUCUCGGUUCAAAGGUUCAAAGUUUCAAAGGUGCAUGUGUAGUUAUUGUGUUGAUUGAACCGAUUGAAGAAGCAUUAAUGUAUUCAGUAUUGGAAGAGA